CCGGCACUUCCUGCCGCCGCCAUUUUGUCAAGUGAGGAGGAGGAGAAGGAAGCGGCUGCCCGGGGAUCUGCGGUGCGCGCCCGACCCGGAGUCUCUGGUGAAGAAUGUGAUGGGAUCACUAGCAUGUCUACGGAGAGUGGCCCUGGGACAAGAUUGAGAAAUCUGCCAGUAAUGGGGGAUGGACUAGAAACCUCCCAAAUGUCUACAACACAGGCCCAGGCCCAACCCCAGCCAGCCAACACAGCCAGCACCAACCCUCCACCCCCAGAAACGUCCAAUCCCAAUAAGCCCAAGAGGCAGACCAACCAACUACAAUAUCUGCUCAGAGUGGUGCUCAAGACACUAUGGAAACACCAAUUUGCAUGGCCUUUCCAGCAGCCUGUGGAUGCCGUCAAGCUGAACCUCCCUGAUUACUAUAAGAUAAUAAAAACACCCAUGGAUAUGGGAACAAUAAAGAAGCGCUUGGAAAACAACUAUUACUGGAAUGCUCAGGAAUGUAUCCAGGACUUCAAUACUAUGUUUACAAAUUGUUACAUCUACAACAAGCCCGGAGACGACAUCGUCUUAAUGGCAGAAGCUCUGGAGAAGCUCUUCUUGCAAAAAAUCAAUGAACUCCCCACAGAAGAAACCGAGAUCAUGAUAGUCCAGGCAAAAGGAAGAGGACGAGGAAGGAAAGAAGCAGGGACGGCAAAGCCUGGUGUUUCCACGGUACCAAACACAACUCAAGCAUCAACUCCUCCGCAGACCCAGACCCCUCAGCAGAACCCUCCUCCCGUGCAGGCCACACCUCACCCCUUUCCUGCUGUCACCCCAGACCUCAUUGUCCAGACUCCUAUCAUGACAGUGGUACCCCCCCAACCACUACAGACGCCUCCACCAGUGCCCCCCCAGCCACCACCCCCACCCGCUCCAGCUCCACAGCCUGUGCAGAGCCAUCCGCCCAUCAUUACUACCACCCCACAGCCUGUGAAGACAAAGAAAGGGGUGAAGAGGAAAGCAGAUACUACCACCCCCACCACCAUCGAUCCCAUUCAUGAGCCGCCUUCAAUGGCCCCUGAGCCCAAGACUACCAAGCUGGGUCCCCGGCGGGAGAGCAGCAGACCUGUGAAGCCCCCAAAGAAGGAUGUACCCGACUCACAGCAGCACCCAGCACCAGAGAAGAGCAGCAAGGUCUCUGAGCAGUUAAAGUGCUGCAGCGGCAUCCUCAAGGAAAUGUUUGCCAAGAAGCAUGCUGCCUAUGCCUGGCCCUUCUACAAGCCUGUGGAUGUGGAGGCACUGGGCCUGCAUGACUACUGUGACAUCAUCAAGCAUCCAAUGGACAUGAGCACAAUCAAGUCUAAACUAGAGUCCCGGGAAUACCGAGAUGCUCAGGAAUUUGGUGCUGAUGUCCGAUUGAUGUUCUCCAACUGCUACAAAUACAACCCCCCUGACCAUGAAGUGGUAGCCAUGGCCCGAAAACUCCAGGAUGUAUUUGAAAUGCGCUUUGCCAAGAUGCCAGAUGAGCCUGAAGAGCCAGUGAUGGCCGUGUCCUCCCCUGCAGUGCCACCUCCUACAAAGGUGGUGCCCCCACCCUCAUCCAGUGACAGCAGCAGUGAUAGCUCCUCCGACAGUGACAGUUCCACUGAUGACUCUGAGGAAGAGCGAGCCCAGCGGCUGGCUGAGCUCCAGGAGCAGCUCAAAGCCGUGCACGAGCAGCUUGCAGCCCUCUCGCAGCCCCAGCAGAACAAACCAAAGAAAAAGGAGAAGGAUAAGAAGGAAAAGAAAAAGGAAAAGCACAAAAAGAAAGAGGAAGUAGAGGAAAAUAAAAAAAGCAAAGCCAAGGAACUGCCUCCCAAAAAGACAAAGAAAAAUAACAGCAGCAACAGCAGUGUGAGCAAGAAGGAACCAGCACCCCUGAAGAACAAGCCCCCUCCUACAUAUGAGUCAGAGGAAGAGGACAAGUGCAAACCCAUGUCCUAUGAGGAGAAGAGGCAGCUAAGCUUGGACAUCAACAAGCUCCCCGGUGAGAAGCUGGGCCGUGUGGUGCACAUUAUCCAGUCAAGGGAACCCUCGCUCAAGAACUCCAACCCUGAUGAGAUUGAGAUUGACUUUGAGACCCUGAAACCAUCCACACUGCGAGAGUUAGAGCGCUACGUCACCUCCUGUUUGCGGAAGAAAAGAAAACCUCAAGCUGAAAAAGUUGAUGUGAUUGCUGGUUCCUCCAAGAUAAAGGGCUUCUCAUCUUCUGAGUCGGAGAGCACCAGCGAGUCCAGCUCCUCUGACAGUGAAGACUCUGAAACAGAGAUGGCUCCCAAGUCGAAAAAGAAAGGGCACCCUGGGAGGGACCAGAAAAAGCAUCAUCACCACCACCAUCCGCAGAUGCAGCCGACCCCAGCUCCUGUGUCCCAGCAGCCACCCCCACCUCCCCAACAGCCUCCACCACCCCCACCACCACAACAGCAACAGCAGCAACAGCCCCCACCCCCACCACCGCCACCCUCCAUGCCACAGCAGACUGCCCCAGCAAUGAAGUCCUCGCCCCCACCCUUCAUCUCUGCCCAGGUACCCGUCCUGGAGCCACAGCUACCAGGCAGUGUCUUCGACCCCAUUGGCCACUUUACCCAGCCCAUCCUGCACCUGCCGCAGCCUGAGCUGCCCCCUCACCUGCCCCAGCCACCUGAGCACAGCACUCCACCCCAUCUGAACCAGCAUGCCGUGGUCUCUCCUCCAGCUUUGCACAACGCGCUGCCCCAGCAGCCAUCACGUCCCAGCAACCGAGCUGCAGCCUUGCCCCCCAAGCCUGCCCGACCACCAGCUGUGUCCCAAGCCCUGACUCAGCCCCCCAUGCUCCCCCAGCCCCCCAUGGCUCAGCCCCCCCAAGUGCUGCUGGAGGAUGAAGAGCCAUCUGCCCCACCCCUCACCUCCAUGCAGAUGCAGGUGUACCUACAACAGCUGCAGAAGGUGCAGCCCCCCACACCACUACUCCCUUCUGUGAAGGUGCAGUCCCAACCACCACCCCCUUUGCCACCCCCAGGACAGCAGCCACCCCCACCACAGCCUGCCAAGCCUCAGCAAGUCAUCCAGCAUCACCCUUCACCCCGACACCACAAGUCAGAUCCCUACUCAGCUGGUCACCUCCGUGAAGCCCCAUCCCCGCUUAUGAUACAUUCCCCUCAGAUGCCACAGUUCCAGAGCCUAACCCAUCAGUCUCCACCCCAGCAAAAUGUCCAACCUAAGAAGCAGGUAAAGGGCAGGGCUGAGUCAGAACCAGGCAUGGGCUGGGACCAGGGGUGCCCACCUGCCUUACCAGCUGCCUUGCCUAUGCCAUCCCAGGAGCUGCGUCCUCCCUCAGUGGUCCAGCCUCAGCCCCUGGUUGUGGUCAAGGAGGAGAAGAUUCACUCACCCAUCAUCCGCAGUGAGCCCUUCAGCCCCUCGCUGCGACCAGACCCUCCCAAGCACCCGGAGAGCAUCAAGGCUCCAGUUCACCUGCCCCAGCGGCCCGAGAUGAAGCCUGUGGAUGUCGGGAGGCCUGUGAUUAGGCCCCCUGAACAGAAUGCACCCCCACCAGGGGCCCCUGACAAGGACAAACAGAAACAGGAGCCAAAGACACCAGUGGCACCCAAAAAGGACCUGAAAAUCAAGAACAUGGGCUCUUGGGCCAGCCUGGUACAAAAGCAUCCGACCACCCCAUCCUCCACAGCCAAGUCAUCAAGUGACAGCUUUGAGCAUUUCCGCCGUGCUGCUCGUGAGAAGGAGGAGCGGGAAAAGGCCCUGAAGGCUCAGGCCGAGCACGCAGAGAAGGAGAAGGAGCGGCUGCGGCAGGAGCGCAUGAGGAGCCGAGAGGAUGAGGAUGCGCUGGAACAGGCGCGACGAGCCCACGAAGAGGCACGAAGGCGCCAGGAGCAACAGCAGCAGAGGCAGGAGCAGCAGCAGCAGCAGCAGGCAGCAGUAGCUGCUGCCACUGCCCCCCAGGCCCAGAGCUCUCAGCCCCAGUCCAUGCUGGACCAGCAGAGGGAGUUGGCCCGAAAACGGGAGCAAGAACGCAGGCGCCGGGAGGCAAUGGCAGCUACGAUUGACAUGAAUUUCCAGAGUGAUCUUUUGUCAAUAUUUGAAGAAAAUCUUUUCUGAGAACACCUAGGCGACUUCUGCUGACUUUCUGGCAAAACGUUGACUCUCCAUAGUGUUAAGGGCGGUGGAGGCGGAGGUGGUAGCAGCGGCUACAGGUGUCUCUGGGCCUGGCUCUCCUGCAUGCUAUGCCCGGGGCAGGCCUGACGGGCAGCUGAGGAUCACAGAGCCCAUCUGCCUUAUGGCCAGCCGGAUACGUCCUGCCAUACACCACCCCCUCACAGGACGUCAGCUCAGAGCUCGCCUCAAUAUGAGUCAAGUGCUGGCCAGACCCAAGGCCUGCAUCCCAGGACAGAGGCCCCACUCUGCGCCAAAUGUCUACACAGUAUACACAGGACAUUGUUGCUGCCACCACCGUGACUGGUUUUCUGUCCCUAAGAACAUGACGUUUGCGACGUCCUACCCAUUGGGAGUCCUUCACACCCCAGCCAUCGCUGCCCACUCCCAGGAGAUCAGGGCAGGCCUGUGUGGGCUGGAGCGGCAGGGCACUGGCCUACCCCCUUGCUGGCACUGACUUUGCCUUGAACAGACCCCUCCUCCCCACAAGCCUUUAAUUGAGAGCCGCUCUCUGUAAGUGUUCGCUUGUGCAAAAGGGAAUAGUGCCAUGGAAGUGUGUCCAUGGCAAUUUGGAUUGAGGUGACCGUCCACGUGUGUGGGCGAGCCCUUCCUGGGGAGUGAGGCCACCAACCAAAGUCAGUUCCUUCCCACCUGUGUUUCUGAUUUUGUUCUGUUUUGUUCCUAUAUAUAUAUAUUUUUUGUUGUUGUUGAAUUCUAUUUUAUUUUUAAUUCUCUCUUCUCCAGACACAGUGGCACUGCUUAUCUCCGAAAUGGUGUGAUCGUCUCCUCAUUGAGUGGCGGCACCCACCGCGCUGUGGGUAGUGUGUGACCGUGGCUGUACUGUAUAGUGAACAUAGUUGGCAUAUCUUCGUUUGAAGUUUGUUGGUGACUCCACCAAACUGGUGUAAAAAGAAAAAGAAAAAAAAAAAAUCAACAAAAAUAUCCCCAUACAAAACUGAAAAAAAUCCCGCUUAUAUUCAGUUUCAGACUUAGUCUAUUUUUAAUUAUAAAACAAGAAAGCUGCAGUUUCUCCCCCCUUCCCCUUAUGUGUUGGCUUCUUUGUUUUUUAAUGUCAAGUCUGUUUUUACCAAGAAAAGGGAGAGCUGAGGAUGAGGUGGGCCCCAGGCAUUUGGGGGAGGGGGCGCUACAGAAUGAGUCAGAGAAUCCCUGCUCAGCGUCUGGUGGGACCAGCCGGCUGCUCCUUCCUUCCCAUCCAUCCUUUUUUUUUCUAAUUUUAUAAUCGGAGCCCUGGUAAGGUUAUGCGUGCCAUGAGAACCCACUACAUACACCACAGUGCUGGUGCCUCGGUGUUAGCCAAACUCUGGAGUCACUGACUGGUUUGACUUUCAUAUGGUGAAUAUGCAUUUGGUCUGUACUGAUCAUGGAAUAAACACAUCUCUCUUUUUUAA